GCACACUUUGUUAGUUUUGUCCGAUAAGCCAACCGGACAAACUUGUGUUGAAUUCCUUCCUCGUGUGGGCCUUUUUGCCUAGUGUUACCAUCAACGGAGAGGGGGCGGAUUCCCAAAAUGCAUUCCUCAGCCGGAUUUUCAGCCAGCUCUCCUGUGCUUUUCUUUAGGUCCAAAAGCCGACGACCAGCGGCGGUGCCAUAUCUAUUUUAUAAAAGGGCAGGUUACCUUGGGCUUGCUUGAACACAUCAGAACACACAUCACCACCACUACCAGUGCAACUACAAAAGCAAAGGCCCCUUACCAGCCUUCCUCCAUCGCCUUUGAUCAUUUACCAAUAAACACAUCACAUCGUUUUAGAAAUGGCACCAAAAACAUUCCUCGCUUCGAUUGCUGGCGCUGUUCUUUUGGCAUCGGCUGCUAUUGCUGCGCCCAGCUAUUACAACCAUGGGGGUCACAACGACUAUUACGAAGACAGCAAAUACGACAAUGAAUACUACAAAGACGAUUACAACAAAGUCUCUUACCACCAAGACAACUACGACCGCUACUGCCACGGCUACGUUCACAAGCCAACCUACGAUAACGAGGGCCGCGGUUGGGGCUACGAGAAUGGCCAGUGGUGCUUGAUUUCCGAGGAGGGCCAGUACGGAUCCCACUACAACAAUGGCCACGAAUCGUACCACAACGGUUAUGGAGAGUCAAAGCACAAGAGUUUUAUCAGCAAUGGUUACGGAGACUCACCCCGUAAAGGCUACUAUGCUGCCCGCCCUUACGCGGGUGCUACCUACCAGGAGCCUCCCCACCACGAAGAAGAGUACCGCGAAGAAGAGUACCACGAAUACAACGAGUACUACGAUGAGGGCAAGUACGAUGUUUACAAGGCUGUCAUGUGCGGCGAAAAGGAAGUCCCUUUUGUAGUCAAGGGUGAAGCCGGCUUUGGUCAUGGAUUGGUCCUUUUGGACAGGCAUACCAAGGAGAUCAAGUUUGCCGCGACCCACUUCAACAUUGCCCCUCUGACAAAGAUCCACAUCCACGGCCCCGCACCUCCCAACAAGAAUGCGUCCGUCCUGUUUGAUCUUUUCCCUCAACCAAAAUUUUCAACGCAAGAAAACCCUGUUCGUAACCCCCAAAAGAUUGUGUUGAACGACGAUCAACACAAGUGGCUUGCCCAGGGUCUGCUCUACGUUAACCUUCACAAUGCUGCUCACCCUGACGGUGCUGUUCGCGGAAACCUGCUGUGCGCCAGCAGGUCUUGUGAGGGACCGCGCGGGGUUGAAGUGGCUCGUUUCGUUGACGAUGGUAUCUGCAACAGGGCCAUCUUCGCUUCUGGGUACGGAUACUAGUUUAAAGUAUAUGUGUAAUUCCUGUAAUACGGACCAUUUUUGGGGAUUUUGUUUGUAAAGGGGAUCUGGGCGUUGUAGGACCUUAGAAGUUUCUGAUUCUCCCUUGUAUAGUUUUUACAUCGUUUUUUUUUUUUAAAACAGACCUGUCAAUGUCAUCGCUGA